ACACCUCCAGCGCUUGCAGUGGGAAGUGGUUUGCAGGAGGCGGCUCCGUUACUCGGGCGGUGGUGGCGGCUGUAGUAGCAGCAGCAGCAGCUUCAGCAGCAGCAGCAGCAACAGCAGCAGCGGUAGCAAGAGCAGCCACAACAACCUUGUUAGCAACCUCGGAGGCCGGAGCUACAGCAGGGUCGGUGGUUACAGCGUUAGUGCAGCAAGCUCCCCACCAAAGCGGCAUCAGCGGUCUCAUUCGUUCCUUCCUUCUUCUCUCCCCUCUCGCGCACAAUGGCUGAUCAGCUGACUGAGGAGCAAAUUGCUGAAUUCAAGGAAGCCUUCUCCCUAUUUGACAAAGAUGGUGAUGGCACCAUCACGACAAAAGAACUUGGAACUGUCAUGAGGUCACUGGGUCAAAAUCCAACAGAAGCAGAAUUACAGGAUAUGAUCAAUGAGGUGGAUGCUGAUGGUAAUGGCACUAUUGACUUUCCUGAAUUUUUGACCAUGAUGGCUAGAAAAAUGAAAGAUACAGACAGUGAAGAAGAAAUUCGUGAGGCAUUCCGAGUCUUUGACAAGGAUGGCAAUGGUUACAUCAGUGCAGCAGAACUACGUCAUGUAAUGACAAACUUAGGAGAAAAACUAACAGAUGAAGAAGUAGAUGAAAUGAUCAGAGAAGCAGAUAUUGAUGGAGAUGGACAAGUCAACUAUGAAGAAUUCGUACAGAUGAUGACUGCGAAAUGAAGAUCUCCUCUCACCUUUUUUCCCCCCUCUAGAUGAAUCAAAUUGAAUCUUUUACUUACCUCUUGCAAAAAAAAAAAAAAGUUCAUUUAUUCAUUCUGUUUCUGUAUAGCAAAACUGAAUGUCAAAAGUACCUUCUGUCCACAAAAAAAAAAAAAAAUCUGCAUGUAUUGGUUGGUGGUCCUGUCCCCAAAAGAUCAAGUUACACAUCAGUUUUACAAUAUAAGUACUUGUACUACUACCUUAAAUGAUAAGGAAGCACUUAGUGGACUCCUUAAAGUUCCAUUUGCUAAUGAUUAUUACACUGUUUGGGCUGGCCAGUUUUUCAUGCAUGCAGCUUGACAAUUGAGCACAGUCAGACAUUUGUAUUAAAAAAAAAAAAAGAAAAACAAAAAAACAAAAUUAAAAAAUGUACCCAUGUGGGUUUAUCUAGUUCAAUUUGUUAGUAUAAAUUGUCAUAGCUGGUUUACUUUAAAAAAAAAAAAGUAAAUAAAGUAAAAUUGGUUUACCUCAGGAUGGUAUGCAGCAAAAUGGUUGAAGGAUGCAGAAUUUCAAGAUGUAGCCCUAAUGGUGGUUCUUCUGUACUUAAGUGUGCUCCAAACCCUAAUGAUGAUCUCAAACUCUGGAUGGCAUGUCUGUGUUUCUAUUGGUUUAGCAUUGUCUGCAUUGCACUAUAGUGAAACGGAUGUCAGACUGUUACCAUUCACACAAAAUUUUUGAAAAGAAACCUUCACCAAGGGAGCAUCUUUGGACUCUCUAUUUUUAAAACCUUCUGUACCAUGACUUGGAGCCGGCAGAGUAGGCUGUGGACUUCAGCACAACUAUCAACAUCGCUGUUCAAGAUAUUACGAUUUAUGUCCAUUCCAAGUUGUAAAUGCUAGUCUUUUUUUUUUUUUUCCAAUAAAAGACCAUUAACUUAAAGUGGUGUUUAAAUGCUUUGUAAAGCUGAAAUUUAAAUGGGGACAGGGCAGCUGAGAGCUGUGGGGAUUGGGGGACGAGGGGAAGUUUUGUGCUAGCAGACCAACCUAUUCGAGUACCCUGACCUCUGGGUUUUUUCCCUUCUACCCUUUCAGUAGUAAGAACUAAUCUCUGAGUCCUAAGAUAUUUACUAGAGAUAGACGUACUGAUCUUUUUUUUCAUAUGAUAAAAAUAUAUCUAGUUGGCCUUUUUACUGCUAACAGUGAUCAGUUCAGGCAGAAUAGCCUGAAGAAGAAACAUCUAAUCUCUAAAUCAUUUACCUGGGAUUCCUUUAAAACAUGCUGCUGAUAACCUGCUUUAUGUAACUUACUGACACCAUCUAUGGAAAAGACAUGAUUCACGAUUUAUUAUGGCAAUGUAACUCAAUCUUUGCUGUGUGUGAUAGAAGCAGUAGACCACUUUUCUAAAUCAAUCUCUUCACACGUAAACUACCUUUCACCGUGCAACUAAGCUAAUUUAUUCAUGCUAUUUAUACAGCAUCUCAUUUGGGUUUCUUGUCUUUCUUCCCCCUCCCCCAGUUCUCCUUCCCCCUUGUGUUCUACCUUUCUACUUUAUUUCCAAAUAGAACUGUGCCCUCUGUGUGUAUGCUAGUUCACAGCUUGUAAGUAGAACUCCAGCCUGGAGUGAAUUUUGUGUCUAAUUAUAAACCCUGUAACCAAAACUAUUACAAAGUGCUGACACCAACCUUUGUGAUGGCAUCAGCUCAUAUUUAAAAAAAAAAGUCACUUUAAACCCAUGUUGCAUUAAGUGGGCUACAUUUUGUAGGAGGCUGUAUUUUUCUGGGUGUUAAAUUAUCCAAUUAGUAAGUUUGUAGGUUUUGAGUUCCUGUAUGUUUAUUGAGUUUGUCUGGGGCAUGGUGGGAUACUGCUAGGGAAAUCUGAGAAUGAGUCUGCUACUUUGCAGCUAGCUAAUGUAUGAAGAGACUGAUCCCUGAAGCAUUUUGCAGCUUUUGCUAAUGUUUCUGCCAGAGGAUGUUUAGGAGCAGUGAAGUGUGGCAAAAUUCAGAUUGGUUCUUGGCUUUGGAUAUGUCUGUGUGUCAGAAAGUUAGUGAUCAACCUCAGGUUUGGAGAACCUCUAUAUUUGUUAUUCCUCUUAGGUGACUGAACCCUUGAGCAUUAAGUAUCACUGUUGGUUUCUCCAUAGUAUAUGGAGAAAUAUCCAUAUUUGGAUAAGUGAUUGUGAAUAAUGGCUUAGAUAUUAGAUCCCCUUCUAGUGCUGGGAAUUUCCCCACACUGGAAUUGCUACUGGAAUGGCUCUAGCUAGGAAUUUUAAUAACUUGUUAGCUUAUGAUUUUUUUUUCCCUCUGUGUGUUUGUAUGUGAGAAAAGAGGUAGGCAUAGAAUAGCCUGAUUCUUGGCCUAGGCUCUAGUUUUAAAUGUGUGGCAAGGUGAUUUUAAAAUGCCUCAGUUGAUGACUUAAUGUUUUAAGACUGAUGACUUAAAAAAAAAAAAAAAGAAAGAAAAUUAUAAGCUUUUAAAAUUCACCUUUAUCAAUCUAGCCUGUUUUCUAAUGCUAAAGGGGCUUUUUGUUUGAAAUAUUAGUGGUCCCUCUGUAGGUGAAUAUCUGGGAAUCUUGAUUCUUAGCUUUGGGGUCCUUUUAGCAGUUGUUCUGAACCCAUACACCUUCUCCAAAGAAUGUCUGCCAACGAAAAAUGUGCAGAAGUGAAGAAAAAAGCUGGUGAGAAGUAGGCAAACAUUAAGGUAGUCUUUUCCCCUCCUGGUGUUUGGAUACAGACAAAGAAAUCAAAAAAAAAAUUUUUUUUUGGUCAGAAUCAAGUGUUAGGUGUAAACAGAAAUUGGAUAUGGUGAAUGUUUUUGAGUGAGUUGUAAGAUGGUGAUAUUGCUCUUGGAUUUGUUAGCACUUCCCAACUACUUUUGCCCCUAACCCUUCUUGCUUUAAAAAUAUAUGCAUAUAUUUAGUCACUAGUCUAACUGGCAUCCUGCUUUAGCCUAAGACAUGCCAUAAAACCACUCAGUACUUGGCAAACAGUUUCUCAUGGUUUUGUUCUCCAUCUGUUUGGGGGUAGGUGUUGAGAGAGAAGCAAACAUAUCUUGAUAUUUCAGAUGGGUUUUUGAUGCACUAUUGCCAAGGAAGGCUUUUUCUGAUUUUUUUUGACAAAUGAAUUUUUUGCACACAUUUUAAUUGGUGUCCUUCGGCAACCUAAAACAUUGAAAAUUAGCUACUGUACAUAUUUUUAUAUUCUCUUUAUAAAAUGCAUGUUUGAUUGUAUUUAUAACAAUAUUGUAAUGGCUGUCCAAUAGACUUAGAACUAAUGUAUUUCUUGUCAAAGCAGUAGCAAAUGAUCCCCUUAACAUAUUGGGAAUUUAAUUCCUAAUCAAAGAAUGUAAAUCUGGUCAAGCCUGUUUUUCCUUUACUCAAUUAUUACCUUAAAAAAUUUGAUUUUGCUGUGCAACCCCAAACUGCUUGCUCAUUUUGACAGCUAGGUUUCACUAAUUCGUCUUAAUCCAUCCUUUGAUUUAACAUUUUAUCUCCUUGAAAUUGACUUUUAGGAGAGUACAUGCUCUCCCAUAUGUAUCUUUGCAGUGAAAGGUAGUGAAAUGUGUGGAGUGGUGUUUUCGCCUCCCCAAAUUCAAUAUUACGUCCAUUAAACAUUUCUGUAGCAAAGCUCAUAAUAGUUCUUUUGUUACCAAAGUUGCCCUACAUGAUGACUUUUGGGAAAAGAUGUGAUUGAAAGUUUCUGUAACAGAUCAAAAUGUGUGGAGGUUUAACCUCCUCUUUGAUGGGGGACCAACUUAUGGAAAUAUUGUAAAUAAGUUUAUUUAUAAACCUGGCACUGUACUCAAUAAACAUUUCUGCAGCCUUUCAUCUCUAA